CCGAACGCGGAAGGUUGUGCCCUCCAGACAGCGAUAGUGAUUCCAUCUUCCCUCAAACUCGAACCCAAAUCGCUCGAAAGAUCCCCGGGCUGUGCGUCUGCGGCAGGAUAAUAAAGCGUGACGCGUGUGCGUAACAUAAAAAUAACCAUAAAGCAAAUGCUCUCCGCUCCGGCCGGAAUAAAUGAAAUGAAGUGAGGCAAACAAAAUACCUAAGUAGUGCAAAGGCAAAGGCAAAGGCAAAGGCAGAGAAACAUAAGACAAACGGAAUUCCUUUAAAAAUCGGAAAAAUAAACAAGCAGAAAAGAAGAGCACACACACCGGUUUUGUGCGAAAGAAGCGAAGGAAGUACGAAGUGAAAUCAAAAGAAUUCUUCGUUCUUCGGCUCGAAAUGGGGCUGAACGGAAGACGAUUGUUGAGCUGCGGCCUGGGAUUCUGCUGCCUGAUCUUGUGCUCUUACGCCGCGCCCCUGUCUUUGGAGGAUGUGCGCAUCGCGAGAGGACCCCAACCCUCGAUAACCAUCAAGGAACAGAGUCCUUUGCAAUUGCCCUGCGACUAUCAACUGCCGGAUGGCUAUCUUCAGAGCAGCAGCGUCAUUCUGCGCUGGCGGAAGGACAACAAAACACUGCGUCAAGUGGAGCUGGGCAGGAUGAGCAGCACCACCAGCGAACCCCAGCUGGAGACCAUGUUGCGCGAGGAUUCGCGAGUGGCCCUGAACAGGGACAGUGGUGCGCUGCAGUUCAACAGCGUUCUGGCCAGCGAUGCCGGUCAGUAUCAGUGCCAGUUGCUCAUCGAGGGUUCCCCGGCAGCCAGUUCCAUUGCCGGAGUCCUCGUGGUCAUAGAACAGCUUAAGUUCGUGCCACAGCCCACCUCCAAGAACUUGGAGUUGGGUUCUCUCAGUAAAGUGCACUGCAAGGCACAGGGAACCCCACCGCCACAAGUCAAAUGGAUGAGGGAAACCCAACUGCCGCUGCCCGCCAAUGUGACCGACCAGAAUGGCACUCUGAUCUUUAGCCAGGUCAGCAAUGAGCAGAGGGGUCAGUACACCUGCAUGGCCUCCAACAGCCAGGGUCAGAUCAGUGCCACCGUGUCCAUCAAUGUGGUGGUGGCGCCCAAGUUCAGUGUUCCACCCGAGGGACCCAUUGAGGUGGCCGAAGCUGGAACAGCAGUGAUCCACUGCCAGGCGGUAGGAGAACCGAAACCGACGAUUCAGUGGGACAAGGAUCUCACCUAUUUGAACGAGAACAACACGGAUGCGGAACGCUUUCUGCUGAUGGAGAACGGCACGCUGGAGAUACGGAAUGUUCGGCCGGAGGAUGAGGGUCGCUAUGGCUGCACCAUUGGCAGCAGUGCGGGACUGAAGCGGGAAGAUGUCCUGCUGGUGGUGAGGUCCAGCAAAUCCGCCUCCAAUUCGAUUGUGACCAGGAUCAUCAUCGUGAUCAUUUGCCUGGCCUUCCUGUACUUUGUGCUGGUGCUGGGCCUGAAGGUGUGGUACCGCUACCGUCGUCACCUGGGCAAGGUCCAGUUGGAGGAUGGCGGCCACGCCAAUGGGCCCACCGAUGGCCAGGAUCACCAGGAUCAUCCGGAGAACGAGCCCUGCCUGACGGACGUCAAUUCCAGCAAGACUCUGAAGAGCAAACUGAGGGAGAGUGUGAUCCUGGAGCAGGAGUCCCAGGUGGCCGAUGAUAUUGUGUGAGGAGUGCAAGUGCCCCUUCUCAGCCAGUUUCCAUGAUCUCGGUCACAUGCUCCUCGAAGUGUUACUCCCUUUUGUUGUUGAGAAUCAAAAAAAGGAACUUGUGAAAUCGCCAGAAAUCUAUUUGUAUUGUAUUUAUAUUUAUCUAGUUUAUAUUUACUAUAUGUAUUUAUGCAUGUGUGUGUCUGUGUGUAUAUAUAUCCCAUGUACAGUUAUUUUUUAGUAGAAUAAAUAUUUUAUGGCUCUCAUAGAGCCCUAUUUUAUAGCGCAA